AUGGAAUACAAGUUCUUCUUCAUUGCCAAUCUCUUUUUACUUAAUGAAGUGAUCAAAGCGAGAGAAGCGCUUCCGAAAGAAUGCCAAUCGCUCUCAACCGAAAUCGACAAAUCGGCGUGCAAGCAGCGCUACUUUUCCUUCAUCUUCGUGAUGCUGGGUGAACCGGUGAAAGAAGAGGCGCUGAGACACUGGAACAUCUCGAAAUGGAUCCUCAAGCCGUGCUACGAUCUCGAGUCAAAGCCACCUGGACUUAAAAAUUGGAACAAUAGCAUUGUCACAUUUGUCGAUCACGAUUGGAAGAUAAAUCUUCCCAGAGCUUUCACCCAUGACGAAAUUCUCGACUUGGAGCACAUCGAUCACCCCGAGAGUAAAUACGAUUGGUUGUAUCUCACAAAAGACAUCAACUCCGUUCACGAUCUUGCCUCAGUCCUUGACAUUGCUUUGAAACAAAUGGACGAGGAUAAAUUCGAUCGUCAGCCGACUGUUCACCUCUUGUUGAACGCCUUGGAUAAACAACUCUACUACGAAUUCGGUGACUCUCUUUUGCCGUUCCUCCGGGAGAGUGUCGAGAAAUUUGUCUCUCAUGGAGCCAUCGCUAAACUCAUCUUCACAAUUGACCAAGUGCUAGACCCGUACGUUGAGGGUUAUCUGAAAGAAAUGCGCGACGGAUCGAAUGGAUACUUUGAUUAUAUAAUCGACCCGAUGACCGACUCUGUUGCUGUUGCCAAAAACUAUGGAAUGUGCUCAAAAAAUGUCAACGCUGAUUUC